UUUAGAGCAAGUAGGCCUAGAUCAAGGACGAGCACAGGAGCUAUGCCAUUUACUCCAAGAAAAAUUUAACAUCGUUUUACCGAAGGAAUCGCUUCCUGGAAUGACCAUUAAAAAGUUAAAAAGUCUUCAAGACCAAUUUACGGUUAAAAGCAAGGAAGAACUUGGAAUAGGAGCAUAUUUCAAUACAAUUGAAGCAGACGAGCUGGUGACGUCCUCAGAAUUUGUAAUUAUGAACACUCUCCUGCCGAACCUAGGGAGGGGCCCAGAUGAUAUCGAUACUUCCAAUCCCUACUUAUGCAUAGUCCCAGGUGUCGAAAGUGACCAUAACAGGUUCAAUGUGCUAUGCGAACGACUAAAAAUGCCAGCAGCAGUGCUUAAUCUAGGUAUCGAUGAUAUGUAUACUAACGUCCCAGAAUUGGCACAAAAACUAGUUAAUGUUAUGGUGCAGAGAUUGAAAAACAAAGAAACUUUCUACUUAUUAGGAUAUGAAAUGGGAGUAUUGGUGGCUUUAGAAAUGGCGGUUAUAUUGGAAAGCUAUGGAUUGACGGGGACUGUCUACUGUCUUGGCGGCACUCCUGAAGACAUUCAAACAGCGUUGGAAAUCAAUAUAAAGAGAAUGCCAGACCACAAAGUGCAAGAUACAGUUCUACUUCAUUUGACUUCUCUAAUGAUAGGUCAUCGCAUACCAGAACUUGCAGAUCAAUUACAAGAAACUAAGAACUGGCAGAGUAAAGUAGAAUUGUGUGUUAAAACAUGUCGAGGUCAAGCUCCUUAUACUUCUCAAUUUAUAAGAUCCUACUUGAAAGCCGCGUACAACCGCGUUGAACUGACCAGAAAUCAUAGAACUAGACCACAUUCGCUGAGUUCUAAAAUUGUUAUUCUUCGAGCUGAUUUGCCUUGUACUUUCAACCAACAAUUAAUGACAAGAUUUUCAAAGCAACAUAUUUCUGUUCAUGAAAUACAAAGUAGUCUGUCGAAAGCUCCAAAGAAUUUGCAGUGCAGUGCUAUAGUAAACAAAUAUUUAGACGCCGCCGCCUUGGAAGCGUUUGAAAACCGCAAUCAUUGCGAUUCGUAUACGAUAAAUGAUCACCUUAAUAUGAAGUUCAUAUCACAAGAAGUGUAAAAUAACACUUUUGUUGAUUGUUUGUUUAUUUGUUAUAUUCUUUAAUUCAUUGUGAUGGGUG